AUGGCGCCCCUCGGGUUUAGAAUGGAACAUUCAGUUCUAGAGCAAAGAUCAAAGAAGAAAACGGCUCCCACAAUCCUCGACAUCCUAAACGCAAACCUUGAGCCAUGUUACUCUAGAAUCCUAGACCACCUAGAAAUCCCAGACAUGCUGCAUCUCUUCUCAACCUGCAAGACAAUCCACAGCAUAACUUACUGCAUCUUCAACAUCGACACCCAUCUCCGUCCCUUUUUCGAAAAUCCUCUAGUGUUCCGUCAAGCGAUGGCGGAUAAUAAUCUCAUAGUAAGCGGCAGUACGGCUUUGAAAUUAUUUACCACGGAGAGGUGGGUUUCGAAGGAUUUGGACGUUUAUACGAACUCUAGGGCGGCGUUGAAACAGACAGCUAAUGUGGUUGAGAAGGAAGGGUAUAAGUUUGUGCCAUUUUGUUGGCAGUCUAAGAGUCUUGAGGCUUCGAUUGUGAACACUCGAACGACUACUUUGAAGAAGGAGAUGGAGCAGAAUGCGGAACUUCAGGAUAGGAGGGUUAUUCGGGAGGCAUCUAAUUAUACAUAUGAUGGGGCUCAGAUACAAGACGUCUUCCGCUUUAGUAAAGAGCCUGAGAAUAUCCAUAUCGACAUCAUUCUAACACAAGGGCCCGCAUUACUUUCCAUCCUAGAAGGUUAUUACUCAACCUACAUAAUGAACUUCUUCACCUACAACCGAGCCUAUAACCUGUUUCCCUACCACACGAUCCUCAAAAGGGAAGGUUUCAAAACCCUGACAGAAGUUUCUCAAAAGCGAGAAGAAGCUAUGCAAAAAUACCAGAAACGUGGUUAUAAGAUUGUAGAAUACGGAAACUAUCAUUCUUGCAAAAUGCAAUGUCCACUUCGCCCCCACCGAAGAGUGGGCGACAUGUUUACAUGGACAAUCGAUCUACCCAUUAACAACAUUAGAAUCCCGACUAACUCCAUCCCAGUUGAAAAUUACACCUUUCAUAUCGUGGGCCAUUUAAGUGACAGAAACGAGAAGGGAGUCAGGAGUUUCCACACCUUACCGAAUCUCAGUCUUAUGAUGGAGGUAUUCCAGCAUCCGAAUUUGGAGUUCCCGUUGUUGGUGGAUAAAAUGGCGUCGGCGGGGAGUUGGAGGGAGUUUUUACAGUCUAUGCUGGCGAGGGUGGCAGCGCAGGAGUUGGUGCAGUUUGACAUGUUACUAGCAGAUCCUUUGUUACAACGGGAUGCGAUUAUUAAUGGGAGGCAGAAGUAUUUUGAUAAAGAUGUUGAAGGGUAUUAUCGGUUUUGGUAUCAGUAUCUUAUGCCUAGAGAGACCUUGUGGCUUGGGCAGUGUCCGAUGUUGGAGUAG